AGCUAUUUUGGCUCAAACCUUUUUCUGGCACCGGGCCACUGGUGCCACCAAUGGCUACGGGGCUCCAGUGCGACACGAGGACGGCACCCGCCACGGCCGAGCCCAGCCCAGGCGAGCCGGAGGAGCGCGCAAGUCUCGUCUUCGAGGAGCGCGAGCUGCAGGAGGCGCCGGCCGCGCGGCCCCCCGCCGCGAGUGGCGAGCCGCUGCCCGAGCGGCAGUGGGCGUGGCUGGCCGCCCGCUGGCUGCUGCUGGCGGCGUGCGGCGCCUGCCUCGUGGGCGUGGGGCUCUUCGGGGCCCCGCUGCUCGAGGGCAGGAGGUCGAGGCAGGAGGUGUUCCGGCGCGUGGAGGCCCCGCCCGUCGUGGAGAGCAGCACAACCAAGGUCGCGGUCCUGAUCCAGGCCGCCCAGUGCUCCAAGUCCCCGCUGCUUCACGAGGGCGGCGCCGUCUUCGAAGAGCUCGUGUCCGAGUGCCUGGGCAGCAUCGCCGCGGCAGCGGCAGAGCUGAACUGGACCGUCUCGGUGAGCUUGGCGGUGAGCCCAGAGUGCCACUCGGAGUUUCUGCCGGCCUUUGGGUCAUUCCCUGUGCUCGGCGAGGCGAGCAUCCACGAGGUGCCCGGCCACACCAACGCGGAGAUGCUCGCCUGGCAGCUGGAGGAGGCCAAGGCCUCUGGCGCGGCCCACGAUCUGGCGCUGCUGCUGGGCGCCGACGAGGGGGCCGACGUGGCGCGGCGGGCGGUGCAGUCGCUCUGCGGCACGCCGGCCCAGGUCCACUCGGUCCAGCGAUUGUUCGCCGAGAAAUGGACGCUUGGCCUGGUGGCCCCGUUGGGCACCGUGGUGACCAACAAAACGAGCACGGACGACAUCCUGCCGUGGCUUCGGCAAAGGCGCUUCAAGGGCGAGGCGGCGUGCGACAGUGCCGUCAGCGGCGCCCGGCUGGCUCGCUUCGGGGGCAACUUGUCCGAGUGGGAGGGCGCUGUGGCCGUCGUGGGUGGCAUGUACUGGGCUCGGUGGGGGCAGCUCGACUUGGGGCCGCGCCCUGCGGCGGGCGUCGUGGAGCUCAGCAAGGCGUUGAGGCUGCAGCUGGGCAGCCAUACCCCUGACGGCAAAGACGCGCAGAAGUCUUUGCUCGAGGUCUACGUCCCGACCGCCCUGCGGCUGCUGUCCCUGAGGCUGGCCGAGAUACCGCCGGCGCCGAAGCCCAUGGCCUUGUACUUUCCCCAGUACCACCCGAUUCCCGAGAACGACAAGUUCUGGGGGAAGAACUUCACGGAGUGGACGCUCCUGAGGCCUUGCCAGGUUGAGGGGAUACGGAAGCCACUGGGGGUUGAAGCUGGGGGGUUGGGCUACUACGACCUCCGCGACGCGUCCGUGCGCGCGAAGCAGGCGGAGAUGGCCAGGAAGUACGGCGUGCACGGCUUCGUGUACUACCACUACUGGUUCAGCAGCGUGGAGGGCGAGAAAGUUAUGUUCAAAGUCCCGGAACUUCGACUCGAGGACGGUCAGCCCGACGUCCCUUUCAUGUUGAGUUGGGCGAACGAGGCCUGGACCCGGCGCUGGGAUGGCAGCACCAAGACGGACAACAACACGCUGUUGGCGCAGAGCUACGGCUCCGCCGACGACUGGGCCAGGCACUUCCGGUACCUCCUGCGAUUCUUCAAGCAUCCCAAGUACAUCCGGGUGGAGGGCAAGCCCGCGUUCGCAUUGUACAGGGCGGGGCUGAUGGAGGACAGCCUGAAGCCCAUGCUGAGGCUGUGGGAGGGCCUCGCGCGCGACAGCGGCCUGCCAGGAUUGCACGUCAUCGUUACGAUGGCCGGCAAAUUUGGCAAGAAGGACUCCGAGGAGCUGCGGUGGACGCACACGCCACUGAUCGAGGCGGCGUUCCAUUUCCCGUCGCUACAGUUCUGCUGCUGGGACGCGGAUAACAAGUCCACGUGGCCCCCAGCGCCUGCUGAGGGCAAGCGCCCGUGCUCGACGGUGGCGAACAGCCCUGCAAUGUCGCAGGCCACGCAGUACUGGGGCGCCACCGCUGGAUUCGACAACCGCCCGCGCCACCCAGGGAGGAACGAAACUGAUAAUGGGAGCGUGCUGGAGCCGUGGAUGUUCCGAGUGGCCGUUGAGGCCUCUUUGCAGUCGAUGUCUCAGCAAGGGGGGAGAGACGUCCAGGACAACCUGUACUUCAUCGGCUCCUGGAACGAGUGGAACGAGCAGAGCGUGCUGGAGCCGAGCGACGUCUUCGGGUUCGGCUUCCUGGAGGCCCUGCUCUCCGCGUUGCGCAGGGUCCCCGCGCGCAUGCUCGAGGACUGGUGAUGCGGCGAAGCCGCCCGCCCGUCCGCCUGGCGCUGGAGCGGCAGCGCCCCGGUCUGCGCCGUCCUGCUUAUCCUCAUCCUCGUUCUCGUCCUCUUCCUCCUGCUGUCAACCUCGGGCCUUGUAUAGUAACUGCCUCGCGCCAUGUCGAGAGCAACAGAGAAUCCAGGGCAGGACGAGCGGCCCUCGCUUGUUUCAUGGCGCGCCACCGCGGCCCCUGGUGCCGGGGACAAGGUCGCCCCUGCCGCCGGUGUCGGCUGCGCCUGGCGCCGCCGCCGUGGGUCCACAGCAAGGGGGGGCGGGAGUCCACACGUGCCUGUGGAGGAGGAGGAGGGGGAUCUUUGCAUCGGUGCGCCCACGGCUCGCCCGGCACAGACGCGCCAUAGGCGUGACCUUCUUGCCGCGGCGGACUGCACGAACAAAAAAAAGAAGAAGA